AUGGCUCGCACUAAGCAGACCGCUCGCAAGUCUACUGGUGGCAAGGCGCCGCGCAAACAGUUGGCUACCAAGGCGGCUCGGAAGAGCGCGCCGGCCACGGGCGGUGUGAAGAAGCCGCACCGCUACCGGCCCGGCACGGUGGCCCUGCGCGAGAUCCGCCGCUACCAGAAGUCCACGGAGCUGCUGAUCCGCAAGCUCCCGUUCCAGCGGUUGGUGCGCGAGAUCGCGCAGGACUUCAAGACCGACCUGCGCUUCCAGAGCUCGGCCGUGAUGGCGCUGCAGGAGGCGUGUGAGGCCUACCUGGUGGGGCUCUUCGAGGACACCAACCUGUGUGCCAUCCACGCCAAGCGCGUCACCAUCAUGCCCAAGGACAUCCAGCUUGCCCGCCGCAUCCGCGGGGAGAGGGCGUGA